UUGAUCGCACCUUGCAUGACCAAUGAGGGCGAUAAAACUAGUUUUCAAAACAAGUUUACCAUUAAGAAGGAAUCUUUUAAAGAAGUCACGAACGCAUCAACUAGAGACUACUAUAGAUUACUGUCUGACCAAGGUUCAAAUAUUUAUUGGAGUGAUAUUAUGGAUACUAUCGUUACCAAUAACGGAACGUCCAAGACAUCACAAAAAGUAGCUCAGAUGAAUUUAGUGACUGGCGAAUGUGAGGAACCCAUUCAAAUAACAUUCGAAGAUGUUAGCGCUGCUGCUUUUCGUAUCAAGAAAGGAAUCAAGAAGACGCCAUGUGAGAGGUCUAAACUUUCUGAAAAUUUAAAUAUGGAGCUGUAUUUUAAGAAGGAAUAUCUUCACAUAACUGGCAGUUUUAAAGAAAGAGGUGCUCGCAACACACUUCUCAUGUUACCUAAGGAUCAAAAAAGAAAAGGAGUAAUAGCAGCUUCAGCUGGGAACCAUGCCUUGGCAUUAUCAUACCAUGGCAAUGAACUUGGCAUACCCGUUACCGUAGUGAUGCCUAUAAAUGCUCCCAUAAUGAAAAUAUCUGCCUGUCGGAAAUAUAAAGCUGAUGUUCAUGUUAAUGGUGCUGAUAUUAUUGAGGCCAAAGAUAUUGCUCUAAGGUUGGCAAAAGCCAAUGGACUUGCUUACAUUAAUGGCUAUGAUCAUCCACACAUCCUUGCUGGUCAAGGUACAUGUGGUCUGGAGAUCAUUGAAGAUGUACCAGAUGUUGAUGCAGUUGUGAUUCCAGUCGGUGGCGGCGGUCUGAUUGCUGGCAUGGCUGUUGCAAUCAAAUCUCUCAAUCCCGACAUUCAGAUCAUUGGUGUUGAAUCAGAACGUUGUGCAAGCUUUCAAGCUGCCUUAGAGGCCGGUCAUCCUGUAAAGAUUGAUGCCAUUCAGUCUGCAACACUGGCAGAUGGUCUUUGUGUUUCCAAAGUUGGGGAUAAUGCUUUUGCUACUGCUAAACCCUAUGUAGAUAAAGUUAUCAGUGUGAGUGAAGAUUUUAUCGCACUUGCCAUUCUUCGCCUUCUUGAGGAAGAAAAGGCAGUGGUUGAAGGAGCUGGAGUGACUGCUUUUGCUGCUUUGGUUGCUGGUCUCUUGCCAGAACUUGAAGGCAAAAAAGUGGUUGUUCCUUUAUGUGGAGGUAACAUUGACUCUACAGUACUAGGAAGAUGUAUUGACCGUGGUCUUGCAGCUGAUGGCCGCUUGUGUAGGUUUAUUGUAACAGUCAGUGAUCGUCCUGGAGGCAUAGCAGAAUUAACGAGGCUUCUGAGUUCAAUUGGAGCUAGUGUUAAAGAUAUUUAUCAUGAAAGAGCAUGGCUGACUUCAAGCGUAUUCAGCGUUCAGAUCAAAGUAGUAGCAGAGGUCAGAGAUAGAGAGCACAGCUUGGAGGUCAAGCAAGCACUACAGCUGCAUUACCCAGAGAACGUCAUGUGGGGAGAAGAUUAUCACUACACUAGUUCUACUAACAAACAAGAACUCAUUUCUUAGCAUUAUUGAUUUUUAGGGUAAAAAGCAUUUCUUUGAAUUGAAAUCCCAAUUUAAUACAAAUUAAAGCCCCCCCCCCCAGGGGUGUUGGGAAGGGGGGACUUUUCUAAAGCUAAAUAAAUACAAUUAACAAUAAAUAUUCAUUACCUAUUAAACAAUUCAAUUCAAGCAUAACUAGAUGUCUAGCCGAGUGAUUCCAAUUAUAUAUUAUCUAAUCAUUGAAAUACAUAUAAGUAAACAGUAAUUUCUGUAACGAACUCCAAAGGUGCAUUAAUGUAACAGUUGGUCGUUAGUAAUGUAACAUUAAGGUGUUGGUGAUAGGUAGUUGAUAGUGUAAUGGUCAGGUAAGAUGUCAGUAAGUGGUUAGACGAUUGCUUACCAACAUCUCACCAUGUACUAGUGAGGAUUGACCAUAAUAUCCAACCCUUACUAAUAACUUAUUAUAUUAUUGAGUGUUUUUAGUUGGUUAUUAAAUUAUUAAUAUUUAUUUAGAUAGCUUUAAAGUUUAAUGGAAUCACUCUUGUGUUUAAAAAAAUUCAUAGAUACAUUUUUUUAAUGAAACUGAUCUUCUCCAAGUAACUUCAAGUAAAGGUUUCAAUGAACUUGGUAAAGCAUAUAAAGAUGCAAUUUAAUUUGAGCAACUACAUUGGAAAUCCACCUUGAAUGAAAAUUAUUACUUUUUGGCAUCAGUGGUUUACUGUGUUGUCCAUUGUCAGGGAUGGCAGAGCUGGGUUUUUUUUUACAAGAAUGAAAGUUUAUUUUGCCUUAGUUUUAGUUCCAUAUGGAAAAAAAAAAGAUUUUAAUCCCCCCCCCCUCCCCCCUCACCCACUUUAAAAUGUAUCCUGCCGUCCCUGGUGGUACUGUGGCCUUAAGUGCCUUUCAAGUGUGUGGUUGCUACUAUUGAGUGGGUUGUAUAGAAGUAUGGUCAAUGUAUGGAUCAGCGCGUGUUGUGGUGGUGUGACUUAGCUGUGUGUACGAAUAUUGGAUUACCAAAAUAAAAUGGACAAUGAUGACAAA